GCCUCCGGGCAAAAGCUGAGCGAAAGCGGCUGGCCUAAAAUUUAGGUGGGCGGGAAGAGCCUGCCAUGGAGCUGUGACUGCUCCACAGGCCAGAGACCCUGGAGUCCUCACCCCGGGGUCGGGGGCCUAACCUGCUGAGCUGGGCCGCCCCCUCUCCACACCCACUCCCAGCGCCUGGCCCGACCUAUCGGCUGGCGGCUACGCCUCCUUUGCCCCACGCUUUCCGUCGCACCCUGCGUGAGCCCAGUAUUCGGCCGCCAGCAGGAGCUGCCAGGCUGUGGAGGGUGCCCCGGAAGCUAUGGAGGUCCUGGUCCUGGCCGGAUACCGCGCGCAGAAGAAGGACGAGCUGAGUCUGGCGCCCGGGGACGUGGUCCGGCAGGUGGGCUGGGGGCCGGCGCGGGGCUGGCUUCACCGAGAGCUGGGGGACCGCCAGGGCCUUUUCCCUGAGCACCUGGUGCAGGAGAUCCCAGAGACCCUGCGGGGCUCCGGAGAGGCGCAGAGACCGCGCUGCGCGCGCCGCGGAAGUCAUCCUGCCAAAUACCCGGGCCCCCAAAGAUGGUGCAAAGUGAACUUCAACUACAGCCCAGAGCAGGCGGACGAGCUGAAGCUGCAAGCUGGGGAGAUCGUAGAAAUGAUAAAGGAGAUUGAGGACGGCUGGUGGCUGGGGAAGAAGAACGGGCAGCUGGGAGCCUUCCCAUCCAACUUUGUGGAAUUGCUGGACACUGGGCCCCCAAGCCUUGAUAACCCAGACAUGCCUUCAGUCAGCCCUGAAUCCCAGCGGCCUCCCAAGCUGAGCAGCCUGACCUAUGACAGCCCUCCAGACUACCUGCAGACAGUCUCCCACCCUGAGGCCUACAGAGUCCUGUUUGACUACCAGCCUGAGGCCCCAGAUGAGUUGGCGCUGCGGAGGGGCGAUGUGGUGAAAGUACUAAGCAAGACCACAGAGGAUAAGGGCUGGUGGGUAGGAGAAUGUCAAGGACGAAGAGGAGUUUUUCCAGACAACUUCGUACUCCCAUCACCCCCAAUCAAGAAGCUGGUCCCACGGAAAAUGGUAUCUCGGGAAUCAGCUCCUAUUAAGGAACCAAAAAAGUUGAUGUCCAGAGCAUCCCUCCCUACAGUCAAGAAGUUAGCAGCAGCCCCCACUGGGCCCAGCAAAGCCAGGAUGUCUCGGACACCCAGCAGGGACAGUCAGAAGCUCACCUCCCAAGACUCAGGUCCCAGUGGCAGCUUCCAAAAUAGAGCUUCGGGCCACACAGGCCGAAAGCGAUCCAAAACCCAGACUCCCCAGCAACUCUCUGUGUCCAGUCAGGAGGAAGAGCAGAGCAGCCCAGCAAAGGCCCCCGCUGUGAAGAGAACCCCCGUGCUGGACAAGACCGUCACCCUAGAGAGGCCCCCAGCUGUGGAGAAGGCCCCCGGCUCCAAGAAGGCCCCAGCUCCUGACAGAGUCCCCUCCCCAGAGAAGACCCUCACUCCAGGGGAUAAGGCCUCUAUCCCAGAGAACUCCACCUUGGGAAUGAUGCCGGCUCCUGACAAAAUCCCCACCUCAGAGAAGACGGUGACUCUGGAGGAAAAGACCUCUGUCCCAGAGAACUCCAUCCCAGAGAAGACUCCAACUGUGGACAGACCCUCCAUUCCAGAAAGGGUCUUUUCCAUGGAAGAGGCUCCUGCCCCAGAAGUCCCACCUAUGGAUAAAGUCCUUGAUCCAAAGAUGGACCCUCUGGGGGAUGAGGCCCCCACCCUAGAAAAGAUCUUGACCCCAGAGCUUUCUGAAGAGGUGUCCACCAGUGAUGACACUCAGUGCUAUCACUUCUUUCCGGAGGAAGGCCUGCAGAAGGUCAAGUCCUUUGUAGCCAAAGAGGCUCAAUCCCAGGAGAAGGCCAGCAUGCCAGUGGCACCCCCACUGCAGCCUCCUUCCUCAGAGAGGUGCCUGGGAGAGAUGAAAUGCCCCCUAGUUAGAGGGGACAGCUCCCGACCCCAGGCUGAGUUGAAGUCUGGGCCAACAUCCAGGCCUGCCCUAGAGAAGCCCCCGACCCAGGAAGAGGCUACAACCCUUCUAGAGGGUGUACCUUCCAAAGACCAGAGGACUCCUGAAGAGGAGGCGCCCCCCAAUGAGGAGAGGCUUCUGAGAGAGGAGGUGCUCCCCAAAGAGGGAGUGGCUUCCAAAGAGGAGGUGCCCCCAAAAGAGGUGCUCCCCAAAGAGGAAGUGGCUCCAAAAGAGGAGGUGCCCCCUAUUGAAGGAAUCUUUGUCCAAAAAACACGUCCUAUCAAGCCCCCUCCAGACUCCCAAAAGACGCUCACGCUCCCGACCCCGGUCCCACAAAACGCGGAAAGCAAGAAUGAGGGAGUCGAUGUAACGACGCUGAAGGGGGAGGUGGAAUCUCUAAGGAGGGCGCUGGAGCUGAUGGGGGUGCAGCUGGAGAAAAAGCUGACGGACCUCUGGGAGGAGCUGAAGAGCGAGAAGGAGAAGCGCCAGAGGCUGGAGGUCCAGCUGAUGCAGGGGACUCAGAAGUGCCAGGCCCAGCGCAUCACCCACGCACAGACGCAGACCUGAGGGCGGGCCUGGGAAGCGACCGCGGCCGGACCUGGCUGGGGCCACCCACGUUCUUGCACACGACUUUGGGAAACACGAGAAAGUAAACUCUGCCUCGCAAGGC